GGUUCUAGUAACCCCUUUCCCAAACAUGGUUCAGUUGGCUGUAAUUGUUUAGACAUUAGAGCUGAUUUGAUACAUGUAAUGUCAGCCACGGUGGAAUUGCCCAGAUAAUGAAGACAUUAAAUCCUGUAGCUUGUGUAGGUAAUCUCGCCGUCGGUUGAAUAUUCUCUCCAAGAACUCUGCACGGUUGACAUGUACAUGUAUAGGACGAUCGAGGAUAUAUCAUGGCUCAAACGGAAGUGAUCCACAGCUCUUUGACCAUCGAAUCAUCACUGGUCUUUUUAGGAGUUUUCGUCCUUGUCGUUUGGCUUCUUCGAAGACCAAGGAACCUGCCUCCCGGGCCGACUGGACUACCUUUCAUCGGUUACCUCCCAAAGUUAGCCCUGCAAGGCGACGAGUACAAAUCCCUGGCCCUGCUCGCCAAUACCUACGGGGAUGUGUUCAGUUUUAAUCUGGGCGGGCAGCUGGUGGUUGUCCUAAACAGUUACGAAGCCAUCAAGAAAGCCCUGGCUCAUCCAAACACCAGUGACAGACCACCGACGCCUUUCUACAUCAAGGCCACACCGGACAAAGACGCUCUGGGUGUUGCUUCAGCAUCCGGUCAAAGCUGGACCGAACAGCGCAAGUUCUCCCUGAAAGUGCUGAGGGGUCUCGGUGUCGGAAAAUCAAGCUUUCAGGAUGCCAUUGCUGGUGAGGCAGGCUACCUGAUCGGAGAGAUGAAGAACCUAAACCAAAAGCCAUUGAAUCCGACUACAUUGGUUGGUAACGCCGUCUCAAACGUCAUCUGUUCCGUAACCCUCGGUAAAAGAUUCGAGUAUUCUGACGGCAAGUUUCAGGAGCUUUUGAGGAUGAUAAACAGGAACUUUGAGCUCGUUGGCGGAGGGUCUAUGUACCAGUAUGUGCCAUUCGUGCAGUAUCUAACAUUCAUCCCUACCUUUACAGAGGUGCAAUCCAACGUUCACAAAAUUGUUGGAUUUCUGAAAGAAAACGUCGACGAACACCGUCAAAAUUUGGAUCCGGACAAUCCCAGAGACUUCAUGGACGUCUUUCUCGGUGAAAUCCAGAGCAACGAGAGGAAUAACAUCAAGAGUCACAUCUCGCCCAGCAACAUGCUGCUGACUGUCUUCGAAAUUUUCGUUGGCGGGACAGAAACCACCUCCUCCACUCUCUGCUGGGCCUUGUUGUACAUGCUGGCUCACCCGGAGGUUCAGAGCAAAGUCCAGCGAGAGAUAGACGAGGUGGUCGGCCGCAACCGUCUGCCUCGCAUCGCCGACAAGCCCGAGUUGUCGUACACGGAGGCGACCAUCAUGGAGGUGCAACGCAUCGCCAGCGUGGGCGCACUGGGCGUGCCUCACAUGUUCUCGCAAGAUACGUCAAUCUUUGGCUACGAUAUGCCCCGCAACACCAUUCUGAUUUCUAACCUGUGGGCAGUCAGCCGAGACCCGAACCUCUGGCCCGAACCGGAGAAGUUUCGACCGGAGAGGUUUCUGGACGGGGAUGGGAAAGUGAGGCUCCCAGAAGAACAUCUGCCUUUCUCCACAGGUCGUCGAGUAUGUCUGGGGGAGCAGCUGGCUAAGAUGGAAUUGUUCAUCUUCUUCUCUUUCCUCCUGCAUCAGUUCACCUUUAAGAAACCAGAGGAUGCCCCGCCCAUCUCCCUCAAGGCAGUCAACGGCUUCACCUUAACACCCACUCCCUUCGAAAUAUGUGCGGUACUGAGGGAAUGAAAAUGUUUGAAUAAGGAGUACCAUUUCAAAUCACUGAGUAUAUUAUAUAAAUGUAUAUAUAAAAUCUCACCUUUGCACACAAAAGUUCUGUGCCAUUUUAAAGCAUAAGAGCAUAUUACAGGCACAUUUUCCUUAUGGUUGUACAUACCAUGAUAACAUAGUUUAGUUCUGAGUGUCUGUCUUAUUUAAUAAAUUACUUCAGGUAAAAAAUGCACGGAAUUAUAAAGUUGUAAAGUUAUAAUAAAGUUGACACACCGGAAUACUGGUUCCACGGCUAGCCCAAUGCUGCAAGAGGCCGAAUUACUCAGAAAGACUUGAGCAGUGUCCAUGCGCGCUGUCCUGUAUCUUACAAAUUUGCCUUGCAAACCGACCUUUUAAAAAUGUAGUUAUUGCAACACGAGAAGUCGAUUAAAUAAUUACUUGUACUUGUUAAACUAGUCUCUUUAUUCAUCAGGCUUAUGGAAACCAUUUACUCUGCGGAGUAUUUUUAAGGAGACAUUUAAUUCAUUAAUUAAAGGGGCAAUCUUCGUUACUCAAAGGGCAACCUUCAUGUGUUAAAGGCUAUAGGCUAUGCACCAAAGGCAAGGAAGUUGGAGACUAAUCACCAUUAUCUAAAGUGUAUCUGUAUAAUCAAGUUUAUUUUAAUCAUUUUUUUCCAUUAUCAAAUAUACAUUAACACAUCAAAUGAAUUAAAAAUCAGGCAGUUUCUUUGUGUCUGAUCUGGCAACUCGUUUCCAUUAUUUUCAUAAAACUGUCGAUCUUUCAAGGUAAUCCACGUAUAAGUACUGGAUACGAUAUGUAUAUGAAUAUAGACAUACUACUUAAAGGCUUGGCAUGUGUGAAAAACUGGUGUAGAGUACAUUCAAGGAAAAUACACUAAACUACUUACCAUGAUAAAAGCCGUGUUUUUUUUUUAAUGUAAAUGCAUAUAUACACCAAUAAAACAGGAUCAUUAAUAAAGCACAGCAGUUUUAUGAUUUGAGAGACUGCUUUUAUGGCUA